AUGGUGAUGUAUUCUUUAUAUACUGUUGUCCUUCUAUGGAGCUCUUUUACUCUGGCGCAGUAUGGAGGCUAUGGAGAUACUGCUGGUUCCUCUACAAGGUCUACAGCUACGACUUCAAGUGCAAAAUCCUCGGCUUCUAGUGCUACCCAGACGGUUGACGUUGGCGAGAACAGCCUUGUCUUCGACCCUGAUACUAUCCAUGUCGCACCAGGCGGCAAGGUUGAAUUCCAUUUCUACCCGGGUAAUCAUUCAGUGGUCCAGGCUUCCUUCGAUAACCCAUGCCAUCCAUUGAGUGAGACUAGCUUUUUCAGUGGAUUUUUCCCCGCUACGAAUGGAGAAUCAUCCACUACAUUUACCUUGACUGUGAAUGAUACAGCCCCGAUUUGGUUCUAUUGUGGUCAGCCUGGACAUUGCCAGGGCCGCAUGGUAGGAGUGAUUAAUCCUACUACCGGAAGCUCCGAUACUCUGGACGAAUUCAAAAAGGCGGCCUCAAAUGCAAAUGGGGACAGUGUACCAGUUCUGGUCCAAGGGGGUGUUCUGAGCUCAUUGAAAGAAGGCGACACAGGCAGUGCUACCGCGACCGUCAGUUCGUCAAGCAGUACAGGUGUUUCAAGCGCAAGUGCCACAAAUAUGGCAGCGAUAUGGCAUAUUUCAACUGAGAUUGGAAUCUUGUCUCUUCUAACCUUCAUGGGUGUUGCUUUCUUGGCCUAA